CAUAAAAGGCAUUUGAAAUAGCGCAAGAACUGUAAAGCGGGUUGUUUACUUUCCACGUCCAGCAUGUCUCGCCAACAACACACCUCGUCUGAUGAACGACUUCUGCUAAUUUCUCUUUUUAAGGAGAGAGCCUCAAUUCUUCAAAGUAAGAAGGCUGAAGGAAAAAAGGCACUUCCCAAGGCCAAGGCAUGGGAGGACAUCACCAGCGCCCUCAAUGCUGCUGCUCUGGGACCUCCCAGAAGCGUCAAGCAAACGAAGAAGCUCUGGGAAAACAUGAAAAGCCGGUGAGUUUUACUGCAAUGGGUU